AUGUCACAAGACUUUGCAUCGAAUUCCCUUCCGACGUUCAAACUACUUCUUAUUGGUGAUUCAUGUGUUGGCAAAACUUCAUUAUUAAUCCGUUUUAAAGAUGGUAUAUUCUUAAAAGGUAGUUAUAUUUCAACUGUCGGAAUUGAUUAUAAGACAAAAACAGUAAAAGCUAAUGAUCAAUUAGUUCGUUUACAAAUAUGGGAUACAGCUGGACAAGAGAAAUUUCGUAGUUUAACAAAAUCAUAUUAUCGUGAUACUAAUGCUGUACUACUUGUAUACGAUAUAUGUAAAAUGGAUUCAUUUAGUAAUAUAAAAUCAUGGAUGAGUGAAAUCAGUGCAAAUAUACAAUCAAAAUAA